UAAAUAUAUUAUAAAUGGUUUCUAAGAUCAUAUUGACCUUAUUGAUUGGAUUAGUAACUUGCGGUUAAAGUAAUUACCAUUAAAAUGCUUUUUUUAGGUGAUAUUAAUAUAUAAGCGCAAUAACAAGAGUUUCAUGCUUGCUAACUUGUUUGUGAAAAUAAAGGAAUUAAUGUAAAAAGCCAAUGCAUAUAUACAUUGGCCAUAAGAACAACUGAACUUCUAUAUUAAGCAGAAGUAAGAUGCAAUAGAGUUAUUGAGGGAUUGGUUAACUAAUGCAUUAGAUCAUAGUGCGUAUAAGGCUAGGUUGAGCAAUCAUUACUUAAAGAUUUCUUAGCAGCAAGAUGAAUAAUAUUGAAUAUAUUUAUUAAUAAAUAAGUUCUUU